GAGCAGGGAGAGUGGGAGAAGGGGGAGGGAGAGAGGAGAGCUAGGGAGAGCUGGAGAGAGCGAGAGCAAAGAGCGAGCGAGGGAGAGGAGAGAGAAAGACACACGCACGCAGAGACACACGGUCACUGGAAUUCCAUUAGAAAAAAGUGAGCCGAGCAAGGGUUAGCGGGAGAAGAUUAUUUUUGAAUCUUGUCUUCGUCUUGGUGCGAAAGAAGCGACUCCAGUCUCUCGUCCUCGAAGCUCCGACUGGAUUGUUCCUGGGCGCUGACACCCGUCGGUGGAUUUCAUUCCUAUUUGCAUUUUAUUCCGACCCCCUCCCUCGCCGCUUCCUUCCAGCCCUUUACUCGCAAAUCGCCUCUCUCCCCACCUCACCAGGCCCCUCCUGGGAAGCGCAGGGGAAUUGGACCCGCGGGGACUCACGCUUUCCCGGACGAUUCGAAGGGAGGGCUGACCCCAGGACCGGGCUCUUGGCUUAGAAAGCCGAUACACAGAUACGCGUAUAUUUGAUUGUAGCGGGCAAGGGGGGCGUCAAGAGGCAGCCCACCGCCCUCCUCUCACCCCACCCCCUCCAGCCAGAGGCAAGAAUCGCAGGACUCGGGAUCUUCAUCGGGUGGACUAGCUGGGAUCUCUGCAUUGGAUUUGGGGCUGAUUACCACUGCUUGACUAUUAUUAUUGUUGUUGUUAUUAUUUUUUUUACACAAGGGAGAAAGACAAAAAACGGUGGGAUUUAUUUAACAUGAUCUUGGCAAACGCCUUCUGCCUCCUCUUCUUUCUAGACGAGACCCUCCGCUCUUUGGCCAGCCCUUCCUCCCUGCAGGGCCCCGAGCUCCACGGCUGGCGCCCCCCAGUGGACUGUGUCCGGGCCAAUGAGCUGUGUGCCGCCGAGUCCAACUGCAGCUCCCGCUACCGCACGCUGCGGCAGUGCCUGGCAGGCCGCGACCGCAACACCAUGCUGGCCAACAAGGAGUGCCAGGCGGCCCUGGAGGUCUUGCAGGAAAGCCCGCUCUACGACUGCCGCUGCAAGCGGGGCAUGAAGAAGGAGCUGCAGUGCCUGCAGAUCUACUGGAGCAUCCACCUGGGGCUGACCGAGGGUGAGGAGUUUUACGAAGCCUCCCCCUAUGAGCCGGUGACCUCCCGCCUCUCGGACAUCUUCAGGCUUGCUUCAAUCUUCUCAGGGACAGGGGCAGACCCGGUGGUCAGCGCCAAGAGCAACCAUUGCCUGGAUGCUGCCAAGGCCUGCAACCUGAACGACAACUGCAAGAAGCUGCGCUCCUCCUACAUCUCCAUCUGCAACCGCGAGAUCUCGCCCACCGAGCGCUGCAACCGCCGCAAGUGCCACAAGGCCCUGCGCCAGUUCUUUGACCGGGUGCCCAGCGAGUACACCUACCGCAUGCUCUUCUGCUCCUGCCAAGAUCAGGCGUGUGCUGAGCGCCGCCGGCAAACCAUCCUGCCCAGCUGCUCCUACGAGGACAAGGAGAAGCCCAACUGCCUGGACCUGCGCGGUGUGUGCCGGACUGACCACCUGUGCCGGUCCCGGCUGGCCGACUUCCAUGCCAAUUGUCGAGCCUCCUACCAGACGGUCACCAGCUGCCCUGCGGACAAUUACCAGGCGUGUCUGGGCUCCUAUGCUGGCAUGAUUGGGUUUGACAUGACGCCCAACUAUGUGGAUUCCAGCCCCACUGGCAUCGUGGUGUCCCCCUGGUGCAGCUGUCGUGGCAGCGGGAACAUGGAGGAGGAGUGUGAGAAGUUCCUCCGGGACUUCACCGAGAACCCGUGCCUCCGGAACGCCAUCCAGGCCUUUGGCAACGGCACGGAUGUGAACGUGUCCCCUAAAGGCCCCUCAUUCCAGGCCACCCAGGCUCCUCGGGUGGAGAAGACGCCUUCCUUGCCAGAUGACCUCAGUGACAGCACCAGCCUGGGGACCAGUGUCAUCACCACCUGCACGUCUGUCCAGGAGCAGGGACUGAAGGCCAACAACUCCAAAGAGUUAAGCAUGUGCUUCACAGAGCUCACGACAAAUAUCAUCCCAGGGAGUAACAAGGUGAUCAAACCUAACUCAGGCCCCAGCAGAGCCAGACCGUCGGCUGCCUUGACCGUGCUGUCUGUCCUGAUGCUGAAACUGGCCUUGUAGACUGUGGGAACCGAGUAAGAAGAUUUUCGAAAGCUACGCAGACAAGAACAGCCGCCUGACGAAAUGGAAACACACAGACACACGUGCACCUUGCAAAAAAAAAAUUGUUUUUCCCACCUGUCGCUGAACCUGUCUCCUCCCAGGUUUCUUCUCUGGAGAAGUUUUUGUAAACCAAACAGACAAGCAGGCGGGCAGCCUGAGAGCUGGCCCAGGGGUCCCCUGGCAGGGGAAACUGGUACCGAGGAGGGCACGAGGCUCUAGAAAUGCCCUUCUCUUUCUCCUGGUGUUUCUCUCUCUGGACCCUUCUGAAGCAGAGACCAGACAAGAGCCUGCAGUGGAAGGGACUCUGGGCUGUGCCUGAGGCUGGCUGGGGGCAGGAUGACACAGCUGCUUCCCCACGCUGCCCACUCUGGUCACUGGCUGGGGGCUGGCAGAGGGCAUCGGUUAGCGGGACAGUGGGGCUGGCCACGGGGGUCCACCUUCAGCCCUUUGGCUUCGAGGAUGGAGGUGGUUUUGCCCUCCCUCUGCCCUCGGGUGGGGCUGGUGGGUCUGCAGCUGGUGUGGGGACUUCCCCACGGAUGGUGGUGGAGGGGGUUAGCACUGCGCUGGGCUCCCCCUGACUAGCACAGAGUGGUGGGGCUGGGGCCAGCUCCAGGACGGCUUGGGAGCUCAGCCUGCCUGGGAGAGCCCUUUGUGGCGAGGCAGCAAAACUCGGGCAUCACCUUCUUUCUUGGUGGCAGAAAUUUUGAAGUCAGAGAGAAAUGGUCCUUUGUUGGCUUUUUUUUGGUUUCCCGUGGGUCCUUUGGCAGGUCUCCCUUUGGGGAGAGGAAGGGGAGAGACCACAGCCGCGUGUGUAUCUGCAGCACCCUGUUCCCUCGAGCUCUCCUGCUCUCUUCUCCCUCCUCUUCCUUUCCACUUUCUCUUUCCUAAUUUCCUAGACAUACGUCAACUGUAUGUACACACUGGGGCUCCUCUCCCAACGUAUAUGUAUAUAUACAUCCAUAUACAUAUAUUGUGUGGUUUUCCCCUUUCUUUCCUUUUUUUAAGCAACAGAACUAUGGAAACAAUACCCCAACAGAUGAGCGAAAAUGUAUUAUUGUAAAGUUUAUUUUUUUUAAUACUGUUGUCUAUAAUGGGGAAAAAGGACAUUGCCCCCCAGUGCCCUGCUCCAGUCGGCCUGGCUGGGCUCUGGUGGGGGCUUCUGAUCCGCAUCCACGCUUAACCAAGGCUCCAAUAAACGUGCUAGGAAGCAA